AUGGCCGCUUGCACUCGAACCCUCUCCAAAACAUCAGCAUCAACCUUGCGCGCCUCGAGCCUGACGCAGGGUCUCGUCUCCCGUCGACCUUUCCACUCAUACGAUCAUCCCCCACCACCAGGACCAUUUGGCGAUGCUGAAAAGACCAUCCUCACUGCUGCUUAUAAGCAUGUCCCCGAGCUCGGUUUCUCCCAGAGGGCCCUUGGUCGCGGCGCAAGAGACGCUGGCUAUCUCGACAUCAGUGCGAGCGUCAUCCCCGACGGCGCUUUUGGCCUGAUUCGAUAUCAUCUUAUCACCCAACGCGAGGCUCUGGCAGCUCGUGGCAAGGAGCUUUUCCCCGAUAGCGACCAGCCAGGUGUUGCGGCGAGAGUGGAAGCAUUGACUUGGGAGCGACUUAUGGGUAACAAGGAGAUUCUGGGCCGUUGGCAGGAGGCAUUGGCCGUUAUGGCUCAGCCCAGCUACGUUCCCGAGUCUAUAAAAGAGCUCGCCAAGCUCUCGGAUGAAAUCUGGUUCCUUGCUGGCGACAGAGCCGUCGAUCCCUCAUGGUAUACCAAGCGUGCCACUCUAUCUAUGAUCUACAGCACAAGCGAGCUCUUCAUGACGAACGAUCGAUCCCCCGAUUUCGUUGAGACAAGACAGUUCCUUCAGCGCAGAUUAGGCGAGGUCAAGUCAGUCGGCGGCAUGGUUGGAUCGUUUGGUCAAUGGGCCGGAUACACACUCAGUGCUGGCGUGAACAUACUAAGAAGCAAGGGCGUCCGGGUCUAA